UUUAGUGUAUUCUUCAUGGUAAUUUUAUCAUUUUCAAUCGUGGCCUAGAUUCUAAAAUUCUCAUCAUCCAUGGAUUAAUUGAUAUCAUUUUCCUUGAUUAGUUGCUUAAAUUUUCAUGUGAAUUUUCUUCUUUAAAUAAUGGCUGUAUUCGGUUUUCAAUUAUUGCUCACUAUAAUUGUUCUAAGUAUUUUGAAUAAACUUUCUCCAAAAUAUUCAUUUGCGAGAUGGAUAUUAACAAAAGGUGGCCUUAUUCGUUAUCUGCAUCCGACAAACGAACAGCUCAAACAAGCGAUACAACAAUCAAAAAAUGAUGAACUCCAGCAACAACAAUCGAUAACGGGUAAAAAUUCCAAUUCCAUCAAUCAAAACAAUCACCAUCAACGAAAAAAUUAUCGUAAAAAUCGUCGUAAUCAUCAUCAAGAAGAACAUACAAAACCGGAAACAUUUUAUGUUCCAAAAGAUUUACGAUUAAUGCUCGAUUCUGAACCAUUAACACUGUUCAAUCUGGUUCAAUUGCCUUAUUAUAAUGAACUUCAAUGGUUGAUUGAUUUUUCAAUCAGUACUGUUUUGGUUUAUUUUCUAACCGAAUCAUAUUAUACAUUCAUUCGUAAUGGUAUGAAUGAUGAAUAUAACCUGAGUAUUGUUUGGUGCCUUCUGUCAUUAGGUUUUGUAAUGAAAAUUCUUUGCUCAAUAACGGCCACUUAUUUUCGAGGGGAAGAAUCAAUCGGUGAACGCUCGAUUUGUAUUGUUUGUUUUUGUAUUUAUCUUUUAGUCGCCAUGAUUAUAUUGAUUGCCGAUGAAGAAACAUUAGAAUUUGGUUUGUUGGAUGCUUAUAGAAAUUUUUCUACAAAUGCUUAUCAUUUACUACAAACACAAGGUGUUAUUGAAAAUGCAUAUGGUCCUAGUUCAUUUUUGAUGAUAAAAUUUUGGCUGGCAAUCAUUUGUGGUUUGAUUGGUGCAUUAUUUGCAUUUCCUGGUCUACGUAUUGCCCAAAUGCAUUUUGAUUCAUUAGUCUAUUCAAAGGGAAAUCAAUUUCUGACGAUAAUGUUGCAUUUAUCAUUUGUAUCACCCUUAUUUAUUUGUUUAGCGUGGAUUAAACCUGUUGCACGUUAUUAUUUUGUCGAAAAAAAUUCAAUAUCAUCAACAACAUUUGAAAGUGGUCGUCUAAUAUUAAUAUUAGCCAUAUUAAUGUUACGAUUUUGUUUAUUUCGUCAUUAUCUACAAUCAUAUCUAAAUAUUGCUCCACAAAAAAUUAGUUAUCUACGCAAACAAACAGGGAAAAUAACCAAUAUCGAUAUACAGAAAUUAAUCGCACGUGUUGGACAUUAUCUAAGUGUUGCAUCAUUACAAUAUUUAACACCAUUAUUACUGUGUUUGUUUUUAGCAUUGUUGACAAAAUCAACCGGUGAUUAUCGUUGGACUGGAACACUGUGGUUAUCAACGAAUGAAUCAACACUGAUGGAUAAUGAUACAAUGAUUGUAGACAAUACUAAUAAUACUAGUCAUUUAAAUUCAACGACCAUUACAAAUGAAGAUAAAACAGCUGAAGAUGUUGCUAGAUUAGCAUUAACAUUGUUGCGUGAUGUGUUCAAUCCAAUUGUUUUACGUGGUUUUAUGGGCUUUCUACUUUGGUGGACAUGUUCAUGUUGGUUUUUUACCAGUGUUGUUGGUUUUAUUUAUAAUAAUUAUUUUAGAAUUUGAAUUUGUCAAUUUUAUGACUUUGUGAUUGAUCAAUUUGAAAAUUAAUUAAAAAUGUUUAAAAUUCUUCUU